CCCCGCUCCGGUUGCAGCGGGGCGGUGGCGCAGCCCGGCCGGCGGGGAGGCAGCGACGAGGCCGCUCCGCUCCGCUCCCACCAUGGCCACCUGCAAGAACAUCGCUAUCUUCGGGGCCACCGGCAUGACCGGGCUGGCCACGCUGGCACAGGCGCUGGACGCGGGGUACAACGUGACGGUGCUGGUGCGGGACCCGGCGCGGCUGCCCCCCGAGCACCGCCCGGCCCGCGUGGUCGUGGGCGACGUGCUCAACCCCGCCGACGUGGACAAGACCGUGCAGGGCCAGGACGCCGUCAUCAUCAUCCUGGGCACCCGCAACGACCUGAGCCCCACCACCAUGAUGUCCGAGGGCACCAAGAACAUCGUGGCGGCCAUGAAGGCCCACGGCAUCAGGAAGGUGGUCGUGUGCCUGUCGGCCUUCCUCAUGUGGGACCUGCAGAAGGUGCCCCCCAAGCUGCAGCCGGUGACGGAGGAUCACAUCCGCAUGCACCGCAUCCUGCAGGAGUCGGGGCUGGACUGUGUCUCCGUGAUGCCGCCGCACAUUGCCGACGACCAGCCGCUGACGGGGGACUACACGGUGACGGUGAACACGUCCGGCGGCUCCCGCGUCAUCUCCAAGCACGACCUGGGCCACUUCUUCCUGCAGUGCCUCACCACCUCCGAGUACGACGGCAAGAACGUCUACCUGUCCCGGCACUACCCCAAGGUGUAGGGCGGCCGCGGGGCUGCCCGCGCCGCUCGCGCGCUAGUAAAGAGUCGCUAUUUUUCUCAGA